AUGGUCAACACCAAGAAGAAGCAAAAGCCUGUGAGCCUUUCUCACGGUCGACCUCCAGCAGCCAAGAAGCCAAAAGCAUCAUUGUCAUCCAAGGCCACGAGAAACCUGAUUCAAAGUCAUCAUCGUCUUCACAAAGCGCUCGCCGAUGCCACGCGUCAAGGAGACGAGCGGACUGCGUCGGCCAUUCGGCAGCAGAUCGAGGAGAAAGGUGGUCUGAAAAGUUACCAGCAAGCAAGCAUCCAAGGCCAAUCCAGCGACCGAGGCGGAGAUACUUCGAGGAUUCUGCUGGACUGGUUGCCGAAGGACCUGCCGAAAGGACGCACAAUCCGUAUGCUCGAAGUCGGCGCCCUUUCUGUUAACAAUGUAUGCUCAAAGUCAGACAUCUUCGAUGUGACGCGCAUCGAUCUGAACUCACAGGCCGCUGGGAUCGAGCAGCAAGACUUCAUGGACCGACCCGUCCCAGAGACAAACGCUGACAAAUUCGACAUCAUCUCUCUAUCUCUUGUAUUGAACUAUGUUCCGGAAGCGCUUGGCAGGGGAGAGAUGCUGCGAAGAACAUGUCAAUUUCUGCGAGCUUUGCCCGUCUUAGGUUUCGGGGAAUCAGAAUCGGCGCCCGAGUACUUCCCGUCCCUUUUCUUGGUCCUGCCAGCGCCCUGUGUGAUCAACUCACGCUAUCUGGAUGAAACUCUCUUGAACCAGAUCAUGGUCACCCUCGGCUUUGCUAUGGUGAAGAAGAAGCUAUCGACAAAGCUCAUCUAUUAUCUGUGGCGUUACCAGGGCAAGGGUUCAGAGAAACGGCACAGGUUUCGAAAAGAUGAAGUCCAUCCUGGAAAGACACGGAACAAUUUCUGUAUCAUCUUGGAGUGA